AAUUUGGGGGUUGACUUCCCCUUUAAGAUGCUGCUACCGGGACCAAGCGCAGAUGUUCAAAUAUCCGAUAUGGGACCAGUAUAGUCUCAAACAGACAAUAAUGAAAUGAGUUAUUUGAACUAAAUACAUACCGGUCUGUUAUUUUCUACAGCUCUUUAUUUUAUUCAUUCAUUGAAUUUAGAAACACAAAUGGGUGACUUCCACCACAGUCCCAUUCCAUUCCACUUGGUACGCUCAGCUUAGUGAAGUUCCUUUAGGGUUGAAAAUUUCACACCCUGCUGUUGUUGUUUUCGUGCAUCGUGCAUGUAAUGUGUGAAAGGGAGAUCGUGUUUUAUUUAUUCAGAAAAAAGGAAGCCCCACCUCCGCCAGUCGUCAUCAACCCGUAUUCAGAUGAGCAGCUUCGCUCCAUAGUGAAACGUAUGAGAGAGAGACUUAGUAUCUACAAGGAGAAAGUGACCGAUCAAUAUGCUUCAUCGCCAGAGAUCACACCCCCUGUCACACCGCUGCUGCACAAAGUCCGCUACGCUGAGGUGGUGGAGGAGAGGAAAAGGCAAGCGGAGGAGGAGCGGAUAAAAAAAGAGGAGGCCGAGAAGAAGAAGAAGGAAGAGCAGGAGAAGAAAAAGAAAGAGAAUGAGCAAAAGAAGAAGGAAGAGGAGGAGAAAAAGAAACUGGAGGCAAAAGAGGAGAAAGCGAAGACUCGAGACUUCAAGGUUGUGUUGAAGGAGAAAAUGUGGACGUCCGUGGAUGUCUUUCUGAAGCCCUUGGAGGACAGCAUGGAUUCUGUGCUCGGAAACACCAUUGAUCCUUUUACAGAUCGUCGCUACAUUGCCUGGCUGAGUGUGGUGACUCUCGCCUUCAACUACAACACGUGGUUCGCUACCGCCCGUCUCUGUUUCCCCUACCACUCCGACUGGGCCAUCCCUUACUGGUUCGCCAUGGACCUGCUGGCUGACUUCAUCUACCUCACAGACAGCAUCAUCUUCCAGUCGCGCAAGCAGUUUGUCAAAGCGGGAGACAUCAUAAAAGACAGAAAGAUGGCCAAGAUGAAUUACAGAGAAACAGAGAGAUUUAUGGCCGACAUCGUGUCAGUCCUACCCUUGGACUUACUCUACUUCCAGUUUGGUUUCAAAUCCAUUUUCAGAGCCAACCGCUUGCUGAAGGUAGAUACGUUUUUCGAGUUCAGCGACCGCCUGGAAAGUAUCAUGGCAAAGGCCUACAUCUGGAGGGUCAUUCGCACCAUCGGCUAUCUCCUCUUCAUGCUCCACAUCAAUGCCUGCUUGUACUACGUCGCUUCAGACUACCAGGGCAUUGGUCAAACCAAGUGGGUCUACUCCGGACUGGGAAGUGCGUACCUGCGUUGUUACUACCACGCCGUCCGCAGUCUGAUCAACAUCGGGGGUCUUAAUGAACCCCACACCGUCUUUGAGAUAACGUUUCAGAUGACAAACUUUUUCACGGGCGUCUUUGUAUUCUCCAGUUUGAUCGGCCAGAUGAGAGAUGUCAUUGGUGCAGCCACAGCAGGACAAACAUACUUCCGCUCGUCCAUGGACAGCACCGUGGCCUACAUGGUCACCAACCGCAUUCCCUCCUUAGUUCAGAACAGAGUCCGCACCUGGUAUACGUACACCUGGGAUGCUCAGGGCAUGCUGGAUGAGUCUGAGCUGCUGGAUAAGAUGCCGUUGGUGAUGAGAACCGCCAUCGCCGUGGACAUCAACUUGACCACUUUUCAAAAGAUUGAUCUCUUCAAGGGCUGUGACCAGCAGAUGUUGGUGGAUAUGUUACUGAGACUCAAGUCCAUCAUCUAUUUGCCGGGGGAUUUUGUUGUCAAGAAAGGUGACAUCGGUAAAGAGAUGUACAUCAUCAAGAGCGGAGCAGUGCAAGUGGUGGGAGGACCUGACAACAGUAUUGUCUUUGUCACGCUGAAGGCCGGCUGUGUGUUUGGAGAGAUCAGUCUGCUGCAGUCAUCCAAAGAUGGAGGAAACAGGCGGACAGCAAAUGUCAAAGCCUACGGUUUUGCUAAUCUUUUUGUCCUUGAGAAGAAAGAUUUGUUUGAUAUUCUCGUCCACUACCCAGAGUCUCAGAAAGUGCUGGCCCGAAAGGGAAGGAAACUCAUGAAGGCCAAGGGUCCGGCAGCAGCUAAAGCGGAAGAGGAAAAGAAGAAAGGUCUGGCACUUUUUGGAGCCAAGCCGCCAACACCCAAAUUGCUGCGAGCCAUCGGUGGAGGCUUUAACAAGAAAAUAAUGGAAAAACUCAAGUCUUCCGCUGCCACUUGAGAGACACUUCUGUUGAUUCAAACUCCGUUUUGGGAGUGGAUUUUUUAUUUAUAUGGAGAGACAAUAUCAACUUUGUACUUUAUUGUCAAUGUAUUGAUUGCAUUUACACAAAAAUAUCCUGAGAUCCAAGUCUUCCUGUGUGACCCAGCCUCCAUUUUCAGUAAUUGUACUUGACCGUAGCCAUCUGUUUACCUUUGUCUGCAUUCGUUUUCUGUCAGUGCUCACUGGUUGUAAAAUCCUGACAGAGACUAUGUCACAACUGCUGCAUUAAAUGAUUCCAAUAUUUAACG